UUGUAAAAGUUGAAAUAAUGCAUCUUUCUCUGUUGAAAUGAAUCAGAUGGAAUAAAAUGAACAAAACAGGAAAGAAAAACAAUUAUUUGCAAAUGUUUAACAAAAUUUAAACUGGACAACGACGGUAGAACUUUUAGGUUUUCAAAACAGUCCAUCUAUGUGUGUGAUGACUUCAGAAAUAGGUUUAGUAGAUCAGAGUACCUUAAGCCCCUUAAUAUGAACAAGAAGUGCCUUCGACUUGUAGUCAUGUACUUGCAUUUUGCAUUUAAGUGAUACCUAUAUAAACGAAAGCUACAGGUCACACUACAUGGCAGAAUGGAGCGUGUGGCCAUCAGGAGUUCAUCAUUGAGUUUUCACCUGUCAGCACCAUAAUGUGUGUGGUUCAACUCUGCAGUAUCACUGUUGAUCUGUUCAGUGCAUGAGGGGUAAAUAUAGCAGCCGGUGUCAGAUCCCCGUCCCUGAAGCCAGAGCCAUGUAGUCGACAGCUGAAUCUUAGAAAUAAAGCGACGUUUGAGCCAACGUUCAGUGCUCCAGCAUUAAACUGAGUCUUUUCUAAGACAGGGACGUCAAACUUGUGGGUCAGAGACCUCUCCUGCCCCCUUCAACAACAACAGACCCUAUUUUAAUCUGCAGGAGCUUUACGGACAAGAGGAGGGAACCAAAUCAACAACCAACACAAAACCACAAGUGUCAUGAGGUACAUGUAGAGAAGAAAGGACGAAGGAAAAUAAAGCAUUCCCAGCAUUUUAAUGCGAACAACAUGGAGUUUGAGCUCUUUGGAUUUGAGGACGGCGAUGAAGAGGAUGCAGCUACUCAGUACAUGAUUGAACAGAGUCUGCUGGAGAGCAGCAAACAGAGGGAAACCCACAAGGACUCUGCAACACAAGGAGGCAGGAGCUCCAAAUCUGACUCUGCAGACAACACGAUCAUCACUGCUAUUCGACAAGGUAACGAGAAGCUCUUAAAGAAUCUGUGUGUCAGAGAGAAAGACAGGUUUUCACAAGCAGAUAGCAGAGGUUGGAUCCCUCUGCAUGAAGCAGCUGCUCAGAGCAACCAAACCAUCCUGGAGCUCACACACAAAGCUUCAGGCCCAGACUCUGUGGAACAUCGUACUCUCCAGGGUCAGACUCCUCUCUUCCUGGCUGCAGAACGGGGUCUGAUAGAAAACGUCUCCUUCCUCCUCAGACAUGGAGCCCAGACGGACAGUCAGGACCACGACCAGGACUCACCGCUGCUUGUAGCGAUCCGUUCAGACCACAUCGACUUGGUGAAGCUGCUGCUGCUGCGAGGCUCCAGCGUGAACCAGGAGGGCUGCUACGGCCGCCGGCCCCUUCAUGAGGCCUCACGGUCGGGCAGAGCAGCACUGGCCACCCUGCUGUUGGACGCUGGAGCCCGGGUGGAUCCUCGCAGCCACUACGGCCUCACGCCGCUGGCUCUCGCUGCUCAGGCAGGACACCUGGAGGUGGUGGAGCUCCUGCUAAAGAGAGGAGCAGACGUCCUGUCUCAGGCCCAGGACGAGGCGUCGGUCCUGUACGAGGCGUCGGCGUGCGGAGAUCCCGCCAUCAUCAACCUGCUGCUGGAAUACGGCGCCGAUGCCAACGUGGCCAAACACACAGGACACAUGCCGAUCCACCGCACGGCGCACAGAGGACACCUGGAAGCUCUGAAGCUGCUGAUUCCAGUCACUUCAAUGCAAGACGUAAACGACAGCGGGAUGAGUCCUCUGCAUUCUGCUGCUGCAGGAGGACACAUGCACUGCAUCAAGGCCUUGCUGGAUGCCGGUUAUGACCCUAACUACAUGCUCCAUCCCUGGGUUCGCCGAAGCUACGAUGACGAGAGGAAGUCUGCACUUUUCUUUGCUGUGUCCAACAACGACGUGCCGUCAGCCAAGCUGCUGCUGGAGGCUGGAGCCAUGGCCAACCAAGACCCCGUCAAAUGCCUGCAGGUUGCUCUGCGUCUUGGAAACUAUGAGCUGAUCAACCUGUUGCUGAGGUAUGGAGCCAACGUCAACUACUACUGCAAGAUCAACACCACACACUUCCCCUCUGCCCUGCAGUACGCGCUCAAGGAUGAGGUGGUUCUCAGGAUGCUGUGUAACUAUGGAUACGAUGUGGAGCGCUGCUUUGACUGUCCUUAUGGCAACAGCUCCCAUAUACCUGAAGACUACGAAGGAUGGAGCUGCAGCGUGAUCAAAGACAUGAUGUUCUGUGAGGUGAUCACCGUCUCCUGGCUCAAACACCUCUCAGGCCCCGUGGUUCGCAUCCUGCUGGACUACGUGGAUCAUGUGGUCCUGUGCUCUAAGCUGAAGGCGGCUGUGAUGGAGCAGAAGCAGUGGCCUGACAUCUGCACGGUUCAAGAAAAUGCCCGCAGUCUGCAGCACCUCUGCCGUCUGAGGAUCCGCCGCUGCCUCGGUCGACUUCGCCUUCGUUCGCCGGUCUUCAUGAGCUUCCUCCCGUUACCGAGCCAACUGAAGAACUACAUCCUGUACCAGGAGUACGACCUUCAGGGCUAUCAGAGCAGCACGCUGCGGUGACCCAGGCCAGAGGACACAGAAUCACACCCACAUGCAAAAAAGUAAAGCUUUGAUUUAUUUUAUCAACUCUUGACCGACUUUUAUUAAUAAUUUGGUUGUUUCUUGGACAAUGACUCUGUCACAUUAAACACUGUCACUAUAAGCUCAACAUAAAUCUAAGAAAUAGACACUAUUAUAAAUAAACAAUACUUUCUGUA